AUGCAAAGUCACCUCAUCCUAGCAGAGAGGAAAACAAAAGAUGAAAAUGCUUUAACUGCGGCGUGUAAUAGUAGAGGAAGCAAGGGAAGAAUGGAGUCAGCGAAGGAAUCUCAUGAUCAUGUUCCUUUGGAUAUUCCUGUCACUAGAGAGCAGAUGAAUCACUAUCGAGCUGCAGCUGAAACUGCUCAAAGUGAACUUGCAGCACUUUCAGUGAAGUAUGAUUGUGCCCAGUCAGAGCUUCUGGAACUCAGGUCCAGAAUGGUCUCUAAAGAAGCCUCUUUUCAAGAGCUGAAGGCUGAAGCUGAAAGCUACAAGGAAAACAAUGCUAGACAGAUGUCUCUCCUCCUGUCUUUGCAAACCCGAAUUCAGGAGAUAGAGGAAGAGGCAUGUGUGCUCACCACUUCUAAAAACCAGGCUGAGCUGACAGCUCAGGUGGCAUUCAAGGAAAACCGGGAGCUGAAGGAGGAGCUUCAUGAGCAAAAUGCCAAACUUAAUAAAUAUUUGAAUGAGUGUGAAGAAAGCAUGACUCAAGCCUCUAAAAUCAGCAGAAAGUAUGAAGAGCUCCUUGCACAGCUUUCUGGAUUCUUGGACGCAGACAUCAGAGAAAAAGAGAAACCACAGGAACAUUUAAUGUUGAAGGUCUCUGAAAUAUGUAAAGAAAAUCUGACACUAAAAGACCAGGUUGCUGCUCUUCAAGAAGCUAUCAAUGUCCAUGAGAUGGAGUCCAAAGCUAGUAGAGAAACAAUCAUGAGGCUUGUUUCAGAAGUGACCAAGGAGCAGAAAAAAGCAGCAGGACACUAUCAAGACAUGGAAAAACUUAGUAAGGAUCUUGACAGUACUAUAAUAGGGAGGCAGAGUUUGGAGAUGGAGAUCAGAAACCUCCAAGAUAAACUGACUGCUAACCAGAAAGCUUUGGACGCCUCAAAGCAGGAACUGCACAAUCUGAAGAAAUCUUCCAGUGAGCUGGAUGGAAGCUUGAAGAGCAGCAGAGAAGAGGCCAGGACUGCUCAGAGUUCUUUAGUGGCUUUUAAAGAGCAAAUCGCUACCCUACUCAGUGGUGGAUCUGCAAUAGUUAAACCUUCCGAGAAGGCUAUUUUGGAGAGGAUCCAAGAAAUAAAUUGCAAAGAGGAGAGUAAAGAAAUAGUGGUAUCUCAGCUUGAAACCCAAAUAGCUAAAUUGACUGAAGCUUUGGAAAAUCAGACCAGAUUGUACCAAGAAGCUCUGGAGAGGAGCAGGAAAGCUGAAAAAUGUUCUGAGACUUUCCAGGAUCAACUGAAACACUUGGAAGAGGAAUUACUGUCUGUAGAUCUGAUGCAAGAUGGUUUGAAGCUUGAGAAACAAAAAUAUCUGAAAUUUCUGGAGCAACUUAAUGAGAAGAUGAAGCUGGAUAGCCUAGCAGCAGAGGUUGGAUUUGAUAUGAAUGUGGAUGCGAUUCUAGCCCGGGUGGAGCAGUUAGUGAAACUGGAAGGUGACGCAGUGAUUGAAAACAAGACUAUGGCAUAUAGCCUACGAAGGAAGUUGAAGACUCAGAAAGAAAAACUUGAAAGCAAAGAGCUGCACAUGAACCUUCUGCGGCAGAAAAUAACCCAGCUGGAAGAAGAGAAGCAAGUAAGGACCGCCUUAGCUGUGGAGAGGGAUGAGGCCAAUCUUGCUGUCAGAAAGUUACAUAAGAUGAUAGAGAGGUUACAGAAGCAGCUUGAUCUGGCAAGGGACACGAAUAUUGAUCUCAAAGCCAAGCUGUCUGAAACCAAUGAACUUAAGAUCAAAACUUUGGAGCAGAACAGAACAAUAGAAGAACUCAAUAAGUCUCAAGGCAAAUUGGAAAGAAUGAAAGAAAAGGCUGAGAAACAACUUAACUCUGUCAAAUCAGAACUUCUUUUAAAGGAGCGUAAAGCUACUGAAGAUAAAGAAAAAAACAAAAAUAUGUUAGAAGCUGUUACCAGUGAGGUGAAAGUGCUUAAAACAACCCUUGCAGAAUUAGCAAGAAGAGAGAGACAGCUGGCAGAUUUCCGAGAGGUGGUCUCGCGGAUGCUGGGCCUCAACAUUGCCAGCCUGGCCCUUCCUGACUAUGAAAUCAUUACACGUCUUGAAGGGUUGAUUCACUCUCAUCAGCACCGCUACUUCCCCUGUGUCUGCCUCAAAGAUGUGGCAAGGGCACCAGAGGAACACUCAGAAAGAAACAUACAGCUUCUUCACUGA